UAUUCUGUUACAUUGUAGCAAAAUGGCGACUGUCAUUCACAACCCCCUGAAAGCGCUUGGGGACCAGUUCUACAAGGAAGCCAUUGAGCACUGCCGGAGCUACAACUCGAGGCUGUGUGCAGAGCGGAGCGUGCGUCUCCCCUUCCUGGACUCGCAGACUGGGGUGGCUCAGAACAACUGCUACAUCUGGAUGGAGAAGAGGCACCGAGGCCCGGGCCUCGCUCCGGGCCAGUUGUACACAUACCCUGCCCGCUGCUGGCGCAAGAAGCGACGAUUGCACCCACCAGAGGACCCGAAACUACGACUCCUGGAAAUCAAACCUGAAGUAGAACUGCCCCUGAAGAAAGAUGGAUUUACCUCUGAGAGUACCACACUGGAAGCCUUGCUUCGUGGUGAGGGAGUAGAGAAGAAGGUGGAUGCCAGAGAAGAGGAAAGCAUCCAGGAGAUACAGAGGGUUUUGGAAAAUGACGAAAACGUAGAAGAAGGGAACGAAGAGGAGGAUUUGGAAGAAGAUAUUCCCAAGCGCAAGAACAGGACCAGAGGACGGGCUCGUGGCUCUGCAGGCGGCAGGAGGAGGCAUGAUGCCGCUUCUCAGGAAGACCAUGACAAACCCUACGUCUGCGACAUCUGUGGCAAGCGCUACAAGAACCGGCCAGGACUCAGCUACCACUACGCUCAUACUCACCUGGCCAGCGAGGAGGGAGACGAAGCCCAAGACCAGGAGACCCGAUCCCCACCCAACCACAGAAAUGAGAACCACAGACCCCAGAAAGGACCAGAUGGGACAGUCAUUCCUAAUAACUACUGUGACUUCUGCUUGGGGGGCUCCAACAUGAACAAGAAGAGUGGGAGGCCUGAAGAGCUGGUGUCCUGUGCAGACUGUGGACGCUCUGGUCAUCCAACUUGCCUGCAGUUUACUCUGAACAUGACUGAGGCAGUUAAGACCUACAAGUGGCAGUGCAUAGAGUGUAAAUCCUGUAUCCUGUGUGGGACCUCGGAGAACGACGACCAGCUACUCUUCUGUGAUGACUGCGAUCGUGGCUAUCACAUGUACUGUUUAAAUCCCCCAGUGGCUGAGCCCCCAGAAGGAAGCUGGAGCUGCCAUUUAUGCUGGGAGCUGCUCAAAGAGAAAGCAUCAGCCUUUGGCUGCCAGGCCUAGGGCUCCACCCAGGUCACAGAGUGCAGCCCGCCACUAGAGAGGCUGAACUGAAGCCCUGUUCAACCCAGAUGGAGGUCUCCUCCUGUAUAUGCACACAGACCAACUACAAGGAAAAUGAAUAGUUACAGAAGGGAACGGAGGGAGCAAGGUCUCCACUCACCUCUCGCCCUACCCGUGACCUCCCACCCCACACAUCCUUCAGCCAGUGCUUCCUCAUUUCUACCAGCGGGAACUUGGCACUUUUGAGGAACAAUCCAGGCCCGGCUCUGUGGAAACUUCCUCAUGUUCACCGUCACAGGCAUCCCUCUUUGUUGCUUCCUGUUUUGGAGGAAGCCAUUUUGUGACUGCUCAUCAACCACUCGUGUGUUGUUUGGUGGGGUUCUUGUUUUGUUGUCUAUUGUGUUUCAAGAAUUUAUCACAGAGUGUCCUCACCCUUAGCUUAGGCUCUUCAUCCUGAAACUCUCACAGAGGAACAAAACGCUGUGGUGGGGAAGCUCCUGCCUAUUAUGAGUCUCACUGGAAACAUCCAUGUUUGGAGGCCAUCUUGAAGACAGAACUUGGAAAACGUCUUGGUUUUCUUAGUCUCUGCUGAGAAGAGGAGUUGUAGCGUUUGAGCCUUGGCAGUAGCAUCCCCAGCUGCAAUGACCUUGAUCCACUGCACUGCCAUUUGAUCAGGGGUUCAGAGGGCCUGGGAGAUGGGAGGAACACUUGGGACCCUGCUAUAGCCAGCCAGUAUUUGCUGUUCCUCAGGAGGGACUAGGUGGUUCCUUGACCUUCAGAACUGUGGUGUCCUUGAGGUGAGACAACACAGUCUCUAAACACAGAAAAGUGCUGAAUAUCCUGCCCCCCAACGGAAUUGAGCGUGAAGGUCUGGCUCAGUCUCUGGGGGGUGGGACUUAAGCUCUGGAGAGGUGGGCAAAGGAUGCCCAUUCAACAGUCCAGGGUUGGUUAGAAGAGACUGUAUGUAGCUUUGAGAAACCCUCCCAGUAUUGAUGCUAUACUAUGGAUUUCUUUUCUGGGCAAUUUCUUCCUUCCAUGUAGUAUAUGUUUGCCAGUGACCACUGAGAUGUGACUGGAAAUUUUAGAAUGGAGAAAAGAUGAACAUUACUUAACCAGAUCAUUGGGCACAGUGAUUACUUGUGACUGGGUGGCAAUGAUUCAGAACACAUGUCCGUUCUUGCACCCUCAGCUCCCCCAUAUGGGAUGGGCUCUCGUUUGAAGCAAGGUUUCUAGAAGAUGUAGAAGGUCUAGAUUCCGAGAACUCUUGUGUGUCAGAAGAGAAGCCUUGAGGGCUGGAGUGGGCUGGGCUGCCUUUGACGUACGGCACCAGCAUGAUAACUGACACAUUUCUGGAAAAAUCGUUUGCCCAAAGGGCAGGUCUCCGUGAGCAGGACCCUCGCGCAUGCUCGGCUUCCCUGGAUUCAGCUCCAUCGCUGUGGUCCAGCAGCUUGCAACAAAGGCCUGGGUUAUUUUUAGUUGUCAGCUCCUGAAGAAGCCCCUGGAGACCUGGGCUGGCUGGGCCCCUCUGCCCAGCGGCAGCAUGGCCUCUGCCACUCCACAGGAGUCAUCCUCCCCCUGGCUAAUUGCUCUUGGCACGUGGACCCAGGGCAGCCUGGCAUGGAACCAAGCAGUGUGACCCCUCCCUGCAACUUCUUUGCAGACUGACCUGUGGCAAGAGAGUGGGGGUCACUUUCCUGCAGGCCCUGUGGCCUCUGAGCUAGUUCCAUGCAUACGAAAUGAUCUCAUUUAAAGGGCCCCUGUCCAGAGAGCAUCUGUCUCCUCCUCUCAAGCUCUCUUCUUCCUCCUGCUGGUUGCUGUGCCUGUGUGGAUUCAAAAGACCCAAGGGAGGGCUGGAGGAAUGGCCCGUCUCCACGGAGGGGUACAUCCCCUCUCCAGACUCUGCGGGCUCUCUCAUUCCACAAAACCCGAAGCAGAGUAUCCUCAGAGACUAACUACUUGUUUGGGGGAAUCAUAUUAAAUUAAUUUCAGAAGGGAAAAAAGGCCCGAAUGUUCUGAAAUGCUAUACAAGCUUAAAAGUGGGGGAAAAAUAAGUUUAAAGCCCUCCAUCUUUAUGCUCUGAGUCUUGACAGGUCCCCUUCUGGAGUGUAUAUGAGUCUGCUCUCUACAGAAGUGCAGGUGUUCUAUAUCCAGCCCUGCUUGGGCCCAGCAUAGCUGACAAGGAUCAUGCCUCCCUAGCCCAAGGCAGCAGUUGGAGCUUGUCCACCAUGGCGCUGGGGCUGCUCAGGACUCUUAAAGGCUCCUGGGGUCCUUCUCUUCUGUUUCACUUGGCCUGGAGAAUGGGCUCAGCCUUUCUGCUUCAGAGGUUUUGGUUUGGUUCUCCAUGCAGAGAGAGUAGGGAGAGCAGCUCAGCUUGGAGAUGUCGUGUCAGGGUAUGGCAGGCGAGGUCUCCAGAGCCAUCCACCUGCAUCGGAAACGGAAGGUGUUAAUGAAGUAAAGUUGAUGUCUUCUUUCUCAGAGCCCCGGGAUAAGCAGCAAUCACAGGGUCAGGGUUCUAGUGUCCCCUCUACCCCUGGAUGGUGUGUGACCUUGGACAAAUCACUUAGCAUCCUCAGGUCUCGAUGUACCCAUCUGUGAAAUGGAAAUGAGAACACUGGCCUUUUCUAUUCCACACUGACAAUGGGAAGAAUAAUGUUACAUAAACAACCAACUGCAGAGCUAGGCGUGUCUGUGGGAACUCCAAAUGCUUUUUGAAGCCACCUUCUUGUGGCCAAAGCUAGAAGCCUCCUUGGAAUCUCCCUUUUGAUGGAUGGAGGCUUACAUGUCAAGGGCCAGGUUGUCCAUGGUCAGGCUCCUAAGCCAGGGCUGUGGUCAUGGGGACCGUGAUUUGGCUUGGGUGGUAAUGGGAGGUGCCCAGGGUUUGGGGACUUGAGGACAAAGAUACCAUAAAUGCAUGUGCAUGUGGACAGAUAGACACAGACAGACAGACAGACUACACACACACACACACCCAUCAGCAUGAUUAACCACUUGGAAUGGGAGCCGACUUCUGUAGAGGGCACUGUGCACUUGUUCAAAUGUAGUAGUCUCCUUUUAGCUGGUUAACUCUGGUCAGGUGACUUUGCCUCUCUGAGCCUCACUGCCCACGAGUGUGAGGCAGAGAGAUAUGGCCUGUCUAGAGAUCUAGCAGGGCUAAUAAAGUAGUUCUCGCUGAGAAGUGUCAUGGUGCAGGUCUUGCUAACAAUGGGGCUUCCAGCCUGUAGUAGCCACUGCCAUUCUGUCCAGAGGUCACUAAGAGGAGACAAUGAUUCUGUUGAGGACCCCUCAAGUCCCUGACAGUGUUAUUCUGCUCCACUACAGCCUUACAUCCUUAUGUGGUGGCUGAAGAACUCCGGUUGGAAGAUAAACUCUUCUUUCUUUCUAGACACUCUUGAGACCCUAUAUUUGGGACCUAUAGUAAAUCCAGGACAGGCAACGGGCAGGGAAAGAGGACUGGAGCUCUAGAUAGGGACCUGACAUUCCAGUCUUCUUUCCCAACCCCUCCUGACACCACUAGAGGCAGAAG